GUUCAGAGAGCCCUCGUAGGCACCAAAUUCGAACCCUCAUCCUUGACAAAGCUCUCAGGAGGCUCCGUCAACUGGAUCUAUCUCGCAAAGUUGUCGACACCCCUCGAUGAUGGGACAACAGAAGUUCUGGUCAAACAUGGAGAGCCCUGGAUGGCCUCCAAGCCCGAGAUCUUGUCUGGCCGUUCCUCCUUUGGACCAUCUGAUUCUAUGGAUACCUCCAAUUUUGUCGCUCAAACACCAAACUUCUUCCACUUUGAUCACAAUGCUACCAACCAGAUCCAAGAAUUCCUACCCGAUGGUAUCAAUUUGAAAGACUACGUCCUACAGCAUUACACCGCUCCAACUCCCAAGUCAUUUAAACCGCAAUGCCGCCAUCUCGGCGAGGCAUUGGGUAAAUGGCUUAGAGGCUUUAUAGAAUGGACUGCACAACAGCACAAACAUCGACACGUCGUGGCUCAGAACAACUUCGCCCAAGCCAUUAAGCACAUGGUCAAUUUUUCAUGGCUUCACGAACGCAUCAAAGACUUUCCGGAUAUUCUCGACCCUGUAAAGGAUAUCCUUGGACAGGUUGAGCAAAUGGCCGCUGCUGAGAGAAAGGAGGUGAGCAAGCACCAGAUCAUCCAUGGUGACUUUUGGACGGGAAACAUUAUUUUACCCAAUGCCCCAAUCCAGCAAGGCACCGAGGUGCCCAUGUUGGCCAUCGACUGGGAAUGUACUCAACUCGGCUUGCCCAGCGUCGACUUUGGACAAAUGAUUGCCGAGAUGUACGCUCUGUGGGUGUACAAGUCCAUCACGGCGGGACUAUGGAUGAUGGAGGGCUUCAUCGAAGCGUAUGGAAAUAUCAGCCAAAACUUUGCCUUCCGUACUGCCAUACAGACGGGUGCGCAUCUACUGUGCACUACCACGACGUUUCCAGGAUGGGGGACGCCUCAAAAAGUCCAAGAGGUUGCUCGUUUGGGGAGGGAUAUCAUUGUACAUGCUUGGAAGAAGGAUGUUGCUUGGUUCGAGAAGGGUGACCUGGCAUGCUUGUUC